AUGACCACUUUCGACGACAUCUUGGAGGAAGCGGGGAAGUUCGGACGAAGCCAGAAACGCAUCUUCGCCCUCUUCUGCCUGGUGUCCAUGCCCUGGGCCGGGGUGUACGUGGGCAUCGUCUUCCAGGGCUUCACUCCGGAGCACUGGUGCCGUCAGCCCGCGGCGCAGGAGCAGAGGCUGGCCUGUGGAUGGUCUCUGGAGGAGAGCGUGAGCAGGACCGUCCCCAAGGUGAACGUGUCGGGAGAGCUCCAGGCCAGCUCCUGUCUGCAGUACGAGCUGAAGGAGGACCUGAACCAGAGCUGCGAGCUGAGCCAGGACCUGAGCCAGAGUCCCACCAGCGGCUGCAAACACGGCUGGGAGUACAACUAUGAGGGCAGGCAGUCUUUUGUCACUGAGUUUGAUCUGGUGUGUUCUGAUGCGUGGCUGGUGGACAUGUACCAGGCCACUCUGAACGUGGGCUUCCUCAUCGGGAGCAUCGCCAUCGGAUACUUGGCCGACAGGUUCGGCCGUAAGCUCUCCUUCCUCAUGUCCAACCUGCUGAAUGGGAUAGCUGGAAUCCUGGUUGCCGUAGCGCCCAACUACGUGUCUUUGCUGGUGUUCAGGACGUUGUAUGGCUUCGGCGUGAAAGGAGGCUGGGUGGCCGGAUACGUGCUCAUCACGGAGCUGGUGGGGGUAGAGUACCGGCGCACGGUGGGGGUGGUGUACCAGAUGUUCUUCAGCGUGGGGAUCCUCAUCUUACCUCUGCUCGCCUACUACAUCAGUGACUGGCGCUGGCUACAAGUGGUCAUCACCGUCCCCUACAUCUUCUUCCUCUCCUACUACUGGUUUAUCCCGGAGUCCCCGCGGUGGCUCCUGUCCCAGAACAAGAAGGAGCAGGCUGUGCGGAUCACUGAAGCCAUAGCUAAAGAGAACAACAUGACCCUCUCCAAGAAGAUAGAGACUUUGGCAGACGACAACGCAGAAUCCACCACCGCCUCCUUUAUGGACCUGAUCCGUACUCCUAAAAUGAGGAAACACACGUUCAUUCUCAGCUACAACUGGUUCACCAGUGCAGUGGUGUACCAGGGGCUCAUCAUGAGGCUGGGGAUCCUGGGAGGAAACGUCUACAUAGACUUCCUGAUCUCGGGUCUGGUGGAGUUCCCCGCCGCCCUCCUCAUCCUCUUCACCAUCGAGAGGAUCGGUCGACGUCUUCCCUUCGCCACGGCCAACUUUGUGGCGGGAGCGUCUUGUUUUAUCACCGCCUGUAUUCCAGAUAGUAUGUUCUUGUUCAAGACGGCUGUGGCUUGCGUCGGUCGUCUCUGCAUCACUAUGACUUUUGAAAUGGUAGUUUUUGUGAACACAGAGCUCUACCCAACGUUCGUCAGGAACUUUGGCGUGUCCGUGUGCUCCACCCUCUGUGACGUGGGGGGCAUCGUGGCUCCCUUCCUGCUCUACAGAUUGGCCGUGAUCUGGCUGGAGUUGCCCCUCAUCAUAUUUGGUUCCCUCGCCGUCCUGGCUGGUGGUCUGGUGCUGCUCCUCCCUGAGACCAGAGGGUUACCUCUGCCGGACACAAUCGACGAUAUUGAAUUUCCAGAAAGGAUGAAAGAGAGAGUGAACGGUGGAGCCCUGUCGAACCUUCUGCCCUCCAGCGACGUGACCAACAACAAGAGCUCAGCCGUAGUUUAA